CAGCUACCGACGUUCGCCGGUAACCCAGAGGAGUGGUCCGUGUUCGAAAACGCGUUUUAUGAGACGACGGAACUAUGUGGUUUCUCUGACGGAGAAAAUAUUAUAAGGCUGCAACAAGCAUUAAAAGGAGAAGCGUUUAAAACAGUCCAGGGGAGACUCAGGAAAGCAGCUAACCUCAAAGAAGUCAUGCAAGAGCUCAAAUCAUCGUUCGGACGUCCAGAAGUAGUUGUGAAAACGUUGUUGAGCCAGAUUCGACGACAGGUACCCCCGAGAGCAGAAAAGUUGGAGACGCUUGUGCAGUUCGCCGUAUCCGUGGACGAAAUGUGUGCUGCUGUGAGAAACAACGGGGUCGAGGAGCGUUAUGAUGGACCCGUGUUGGAUGAGCUCGUUGGUCGUCUCCCUCCGAUGAUUAAGCUGAUGUGGGGCAUACACAGUCUUACGUUGUCAAAGGUCAACCUGGCUGCAUUCGGAAAGUGGAUGCAAACCAUUAAGCAUGCAGCCCAAGCGGUAACGAGCCCUGCAAAUCUUAUCGAACCACGAUGCAGUAAGUAUUUGCACAUGCAUACUACUAAUCCCUCCUCGCAGAACUCCACAGAAGCCGUUUGUGCAUGCGAUAACGGCUGCGUUCGCUUAUACGAAUGUGACGGAUACUGGCAGAAAAGCGUAGCAGAUCGCUGGGACAUCAUUAAGCGGAACUACUUGUGUAAAUGUUGUUUGAAAAAACAUCGUGCGCCCUGUAAAGAGACGAGAGUAUGCGGCAAAGACGGAUGUACUGUAAAACACCACCCGUCACUACACAAUUCGGCAGGUAAGGGAAAACACGAAGCAAAUUUCUCUCACUCUACAGCCACCGACGAGAACAUACUAUUGCGAUACGUGCCAGUUGAGCUGCAGGCUGUAGGAAAGACGAUCAGAACAGUUGCUUUUCUCGACGAAGGAGCGUCAGUAUCACUAAUCGAACAUUCGCUAGUUGACGAGCUGGAACUUGAAGGGACAAACCGACCUCUUUGUUUGAAAUGGACUGGAGGACAACAUCGCACUGAACCAGAUUCAAAACAGCCCUCAGGAACAACUGGAAGACGUCACAACUGUACGCAGAUCAAUUUUGGAAAAAAUGGUUAGCUUCUUAUCUGCCUACGCUCACCCGUCGCAGCAAAUGGUUUGAGACCCAGCCGCCAUUGCAAUUAGGAGACCUCGUGCUGAUUGUCGAUGACGCCCUACCAAGAGGAUGCUGGCCUAAGGGAAAAAUCGUACAGCUCGUACCUUCGAAGGACGGAACAAAUCGGCGUGUGCACGUACAGCUUGCGAACAAA